AUGGAAUAUGUCCUCUUUGUGCUGUACUUCUCUUUCUUCCUGUGUCUCUGUGCCCUGGUGUGCCUGUACUUCUCUGGCUGCCAGGAGAUGACCUAUAAGCAUGAAGAAGCAUGUUGUGGAGACAUUUUUUGGAUUUGA